UGAAUGUUCCGCAAGUUUUCGUUUUUCGGAGAAAGUUUUUACAGUUUUUGCGGGCUGCAUCGUGCCGAAUCAUUUCGCAAUGGCGGCACCCGAAAAUGGGAUCCUUGAGGUCCUCGAAAACCUACUCGACCGGUACAAAAUCAACCUGCUGCAAAUGAUGUUCGGUACCUUUAUCGCCACGAUCGUGUUCUUUGGCGGACUGAUGACUUUCGUGGAGAAGUACCUGCCCAAUAGCAUACGCCAGUCCUUUCGGUAUGGCAAGCACAGUUUCAAAGGUGAAACGGAUCCCUUGGUGGCCUGGCUGGAGGUUCCAAAGUCCUGGUUCAAGCACUUCUACGUCUUUGCCCUAUUCUGGAGCUGGCUUGCAUUUUAUGUGCUCGUUUCAACCGUUCGGGAGCAAAAGGAGGCGCCGGAAUAUGUACUCCGAUUCCUGGACAUCAUGGGCGGCGGACGGAGUCACCGGAAAGUGGAGAUCGACUCGACGACUGCCUGUGUGGGCGCACUCAUGCUCACGUUGCAGUGCACCCGGCGUUUUUACGAGACCAACUUCGUGCAGAUCUUCUCCAAGAAGAGCAAAAUCAAUCUGUCGCACUAUGUCGUGGGCUAUGUGCACUACUUUGGAGCCAUUAUAGCUUUACUAUCCAAUACCUCCGGCUUUGUGCGCGGCUCCAAGCCCAUGGAGUUCAGCCUCGACAAGCUGACAGGCCAGCAAAUACUCUACCUCGGCGUCUUCUUUCUCGCCUGGCAGCAGCAGUACGCCAGUAACAUGAUAUUGGUUAACCUGAGGAAGGAUCCGCGGACGGGAAAUGUCAAAACGGAAAAGCACCUUCUGCCCAAGGGUGGGCUUUUCAAUCUGCUUUCGUCGCCGCACAUGUUCCUCGAGGUGGUCAUGUACUUCUGCAUCGCCGAUCUCUACAUGCCAGUUAAAAUUUGGCGACUGAUCUUCCUCUGGGUGGCCAGCAAUCAAACGAUCAAUGCACUGCUAACCCACAAGUGGUACCGGGAAACAUUCAAAGAAUAUCCAAAGAACCGACGUGCUAUCAUUCCGUUCCUGCUCUGAGUCCGAAGACUGGAAACAUUUCGCAUUUUUGUACAAAUAAUUUAGUAGUGGAAUUUAUUAAAGUCGUUUUACACGCACGAAAAA